AUACCAAUUGAAAUGUUACUUUAUUUUACAUAUCAGUAAUUAGAAUCAUACAAGGAUAUUUUUUAUGGAUUUGAUAUCAAAAGGGAAAUUUUAAAGCGAUGCAUUGAACACAUUAACGAUGAAGGAAGGAAAUAUACUUCUUACACUUAAAUGUCCUGUUGCGUCUCAUUGCGAAGACUACUAUGUAGAACUUUAUAAUAAUACAUUUUUCAAUAUAAAUAAAGAAAAAAUAUUAUUAAAUGAAAACUUUGAAAAAUAGUAAAUCAAUUAAAAAAUAUAAAUGAUUUAAUAAUGGAAUAGAAAAAAAAACAAAUUAAAACACGCAUAAAAAUGGCGUUCCUAAGUCCAGGUGGCUAGAACAACAUCACGUCGUCAAAAUAAGCCACUGAUGCUGCCACCAAAUUGGACUUGUAACAGCUGCAUCGCCGUUCACAUUAAGUCUAAAUUAAAUUACAACUAUUCUCCGGCCGAAUUAUUCAUUCUGUCGACAAAUUUAAUAACUUAAAUUAAAUAUAAUAUUAAGUCUUGUUUAAUAAAUAUAUAUUAAUCGUUCACUUUAAAUACAAUUAAAAUUACCACCAUUCUCCGACAGAAUUUUUUAUUCUGUCGACAAAUUUAAGAACUUAAAUUAAUUUUUUGUCAAAAAACAUAUUAUUAUAAUUAUCUACAGUUAUGUUCGACAACUUAUUUCAACAAACGUCAACCAUCCUCUGAUCCAGCACAACAACGUGUACGUGCCUUCGUUGUUAAAGAAGUGUGCAGUAAUCAAUCAGGUAACAGCGACGGGUCACUAUAUAAAUAUGGUGUCAGGUAUGGGGUUCACUUCAUCAGACGAAAACUUUUCAAGUCCAUCGAAAAAAAGAAUUUCAAAGACUAAAACUUUGAGACCCAUCGACGAAACCACGUUCACGACUUCAAGGAGAAGGAGGACAGCAGAGCAUUCAAACAAGAUCAGUCCAGUGAGGACAGCAGAGCAUUCAAUAAAGGGCAGUCCAGGAAGAUAGUCUUCAAAAAACAAACAAAAUUGCCCGUUUUUUUUUUCACGGGCAAUCGGAAGUUCAAAGAUGUAAUUUUUUAAUAAUAAAAAAUUCAUCAUAAUGGAUUUUUAAUUCUCGAUGCUUGAUAGAACAAGUAUAGUGUUGUUUCUGGGACGAUAUCAAAUAGUUUAGAUGGGUUUAGAACGAUAAAGAUAGAGGCCUACGACGGUUGCGUACAAGGUCACUUUGUGGUUGUUGGUGUUGGUGUUGAAAUAUUAUAUUCAUAAUAUUUGAGCAAGCGUCAAGCUCGAAAAUUCACGCGUGUGACGUAAUACUUAUAGAUUAUUAUUGUUAUCGAUUGUUUAAAGAGUAAAUAUCAUAUUUCUUAUUGUUCACUACCAUAUAAAUAAGGCAUAAAACUUAUUAUAAUUCAGUACGUUUUUCCUUGUCCGAAAGUAACAUUGUGCUACAGUAGUUAUUUACUAAACAAUUGUUACGAGUAAAAUAUUGAAAAUCGUUUUAUUAUGUCUUUUAUUAAUAACGAAUGUACGGAUCUUCAGGCCACUACGUCCCUGGCAGCGACAUCCUCAGAAAAUGGAUCGCUGAAAAGAAGACUGGAACGCACAUCAACAGCAACGACAAAAAAGCAGAAAACAAUUAAGAAAGCUGUGUCACCUUCACAGGUGUCAAACGAAGAGUUGACCACAGUCCACAGCGAAAUGAACACAGUCAAAUUAGUCAAUUUGAAGAAUUGGGCAGCAGUGAAUCUGAACAAGAAUCUGGAGGAGGAAGAGGAUUGUUUGGAUUUCUGUGAGAUAUUGUUUCCCAGUCCGAUGAACGAGUACAGUAUGUUGACAAUGAUUCUUAUUAUAUUCACUGUUUGUCCAGUGAAGGUCAUAGAGAAGGUCAUUCACCCGAAACAGUGGAUGGAUACUCAGAUUCAGAGUAUAUGGAACGAGAUUAUGAUAAUGAAUUCUACGACAAUGACGACACUGUACAAUCACCUGCGCAAAUGUAUGAAGACGUCAUUGUCGAACUUGGACGUGAACUGGCUAGCAAAUUUGUCUCUGGCAUCCACCGAUAUAUCAGCACAAUCAUUGUGCCAGGUGGGGCUAGCGGAAUUCAGGAAUGUUUGCAUGAACUGGACAACCUUAUUACACGAUAUCCCCCGACCCAUUUCUACAUCAUCUCAGAGCACGAAGACCACAUACACAUUGCCCACAUUUGUGGAUACUCAGGCCAAACUUGUAAGUAAUCCUUCCUCAUUCGAGGAACAUUUUGAGGCCUCUACCGACGACGUGGACUUCGUCGGAUUUCUAUAGGCAUCGACCUCGGGCCAGGGGAUUACCGAGACAUUCUGCGAUACUUAUCUUCGGGCAGCCGACGCGUCCACAGCGUUCGAGGCUUCGGAGAGAAUGGAGGAUUAUUUAGUCGAUAUAAAUAUCUAUCGGUUAGUAUUGUGGAACUAUAUUAAAAAAUUAAGAUAUAUUUAUUUAAACAAAUCAAAAAUACUUUAUAACAAAAUCGUUGGUUUUAACUUAAUUAAAAAUAUUAAAAAAAACG